UGUCCAGGAGAAAUUUCAUCUCCCAAGUUUCAGAUGUCAGGUCAGCCCAAGUAUGACCAAACUGAGCCACCACUUGCAGCUCUUGAGCCAUCACCUACAACAUAUAAGCCAUCACUUGCAGCAUUUGAGCCAGACAGCUAUAGCAUGCCUGAUGAUGGUGUUUGGGAGGGAUUUGAUGAUGUGGAGAUGCACAGUCCUGACCUUGAAGUCAUCGGCAGUGUUCUGGAUUCCUUAGAGAACAAGGAUAAUGCAAUGGACUGCUUGGUAAGAAGUGGGCCAGUGAAGAUGGCAGACACACUUCUGAAGUCUGUCAUGUCAUCUGUGAAGAUAGUGGACUCACCUGUGCUAAAGCAUCACCAGAACCAACUCAGCAGACCAGACAUUGAGUACAAUCAUUACGGGGCAUUACUCGAUAGUUCUGUUAGGGAAAGAUGCUCCUCACCAGAAAAUGUGUGUGGAUUAUUGCCAGAUCUGCACACAAGAAUGGGAGGGUUUAUGACAGAUGCUGAUGUUGCAGCAUAUGAUAACAGCUUUUUGUGGUCUGAGGAAAAUGCUCCCGAACUCAUCAUCAGUAAGGAAAUCUUGCCUGCGUUUCAAUGUUCACAGAAGACUGUCAAGUCUUCCCAUGGCCUCCCUCCAAAAACUCCAUCACAGAGGCUGAAGAAAGGUCAGCAUGUGUUGGUGCCACCAUCACCAUUUACUCCAAUGCCAGACUACGAUCGCAUGACCACACCACAGCUCAAGGCAGAAGUACAGAAGUUUGGUGUGCGUCCUCUUGGCAAAAGGAAAAUGAAGUGCCUGUUAAAAGAUAUCUAUGAAAAGACUCAUCAGUAUGAAACAGACUCUGAGUUAGAUGAAGCUGAUUUAGUAGCAGACUUGGGGACAGAGACCAACAAGCCAGGUACAUGCAGUCAGCCCCUUCACAGGUUGAGCAACCCAGAUGCAAGACCACUUCAAAAAGCUUCACAUAGAAAGACAAAAAGUCGGCCACUGAAGACCAAGUCAACAGGCAAAAGAAGAGGUGUUGAUGGAGAGCGGCACACACUGGCUGAAACAAUGGAGACUGAAGAAGUUGCCAUUGUCAGGCAUAGGCAUUCUUCAGGGCAGACAGCUAAAUCUCCAAUGAAGCGAGGAGUUGUGCCUGUGGCAGGUGAAAGGGAGAGGGCACUGUCUGAGUGCAGCCGUUCUCCUGACAAGUACUCGCUGUCAUCUUCACAGGCUUUCUGAUGUCAGGUAGCAGUUUCCUCCCAGCCUCAUUG